AUGGCAAAGUGUUUUGCGGAGUACGUAGACGGAUUUGGCGAUUAUGUUACAUACUGUACCAAAUAUCAAAUAAUGGUGAAUACGUUGACGAAAUUGUUGAAAAAUGAGAAAAUAGCCGGAAUCUUGAGACUUCGACAAAAUGUCCUUGGCCAUUCACUACCCUUAAGUGCUUAUCUGCUAAAGCCAGUGCAGCGGGUUCUUAAAUAUCAUCUCUUUCUUGAGAAUAUACUGAAAAAUUCAAUGGAAGCAAAGCUCCUAUCGGACGGUGAUCGUGCUGUCGUUCGGCAGGCACUGCAGUGCAUGACUGCGCAAGCGGAAAAAAUUAAUGAGGAGAAGAAACGCGCUGAACAUCUAGAGCGUGUUCGUGAACUCCAGAACGCGCUUCACAAGUGGUGCGUUGAUGAGCGAGAUGAUUUAUCGAAGUACGGUGAUCUGCUUUUGGAAGCAACAUUCAAACUUGCCGGUACUAAAACCAAUCGACAGCUGUUCCUGUUCGAGGAAAUGCUACUAAUUGUGAAGGAGCGAAAUGGUGCCUUGAUCUGCAAAGACUAUAUUAUGGUAUGUGUAUCAAAGCCAGGGGUAUUACAGUUCUUUACAGAUAGCACACUCUGUGAGUGA